CUCACCUGUAGUAAUUGUCAAAACACGUUGGCCAAAUGAUUCUUGUUUUGAAUGCGGUGAUGCUGUCUGAAAGCGUUUGUUGUGUAGCAAUUGUUUAGCAUAUCAAACAUCUCACAGAGUGAUAUAUUUUUUGUGAUUAAAUAUUCAUCCCGACAUGGACGAGUGCGUUGAAAUUGAAUCGUCCGAUGAGGAGCACAUUGAACAGGGUAGUCGGGAAUACGAGCGAAUCGGCAUUUCAUCGGCAUCCUCAUCUCCGCAGCCUCAGCAGAUACAGGAACGAACGAACACACCUGUUUCAGCGAAUCUUCGAAACUCCAAUCUGGCUGCGAAUCGUACUCGACGGUAUGAGUCCGGUCAGCUGAAAAAGCUAGAGACGGAUCCGAAAUUCUUGGCCAACUUUAAUCCGGAAACAUCGAGACGGGAGAAGCGGAAGCUGAACAGGAAGUCGACUCCGUUGGUGGUGCCCAAAACAACCGGUAUCUACAAUGAGAAAGGAAUUCAUCGGGACAGCGGUCGUGAUAUGUGUGACUGUUUAGAUCUCGGUUGCUCUGGAUGUCAUUUUCCGUGUCAGUGUUGUGGAAGCGCAAAGUGUGGGCCACAUUGCCGUGUCACACGAAAGUGGAUGUAUGAAACUAUUGAACAUGAUGCAAAAGAUCUCGUAAUAAAAAAUAAGUUGCUGUCGAGGAAGUAACAAUGAGCCUAGAUUAAUGAUUAUUUUAUUUUCUCUAUUUAUGAUGUGUGAAAACGUGUUCUCUUAAUUAAUGUAAAUCUUGGUAUAUAAUAUAAAUAAAGUGUACGAAUUCAAAAUGAAUAAAUCAACUUUAAUUUACAA